AUGAGGAAUCAAGUGAAUUUGGAAGACUGGGCCGAAGGACUUGCGGUUAUCCUGGAAAGGGCUGCGGACGCGAAGCCUGCGAGCCAAAAGCUUCAAGCUUACGGGACAGCACAUAUGUUGAUAGGAGAAAUGUUGAAAGCAGAAACGGAACCUCGGGCACCGGCACCCGAGCGUCACCCCUUACCGGGAUCGGAGCCAGGUUCAUCAAGGAGCCAAUAUUCCUCGAGCACGACUUCGUCGUCCAAUUCGUGGUCGAACUGGCCCGACCUAUCGCAACCACGAUCUAAUCCAUCUAGUUCUAAAGCGCUGUUUGUUGUAUCGCCGGUAUCAUGCAUGCUGGUUCCCAGACACAUGAUAGCUCUAGAAAGCUCGCCAACCCAACCCGAAAAUCGCGAGCAGAAUCAGAGUGAGGAUCGGCCUGGUGACGACAUGGACUACCUCGAUGACGAUGACCUGUACAACGACCUAGACGACGAGUGGUUUGGGGAACUCAAUGAGAAGCGCCCGCAGGCCACGUCUCCGCCUUCGUCUGACCCAGCUGAGCUUCCCUUGGUGUCCCCACAGGAAGCUUACCCGGACUUUUUUGGGCCGUCGCCUCCAGUCCUAGGUGACCUAUUGGAUCCUGUUACGUCUUUGUUGCUGGCCUCAACAACAAGGAAAACAUCGCGGCCUUCUCCUUGA